AUGUCUGGCACUGUUGCCCUACGACUCCGCGUUCAGUGGCUUGCCACGCGGAAGCCGCUCUCACCACGAUGUCUCAUACUGAAUCACCUUGCGAAUCGUCCAACGGCCCUUUCCCGAUCACAAAUCUCACCCGUACAGUCGCGCGCCACACACGAGAGUAAAGUCCACAGUUUCUACUCGAGCUCAACCCCUGACACGAACUACACCGAGCCCAAGUACAGCAAGCACGAUGAGUCCAUCUUUGCGCCUCUCGACACCUUCCCGCGUCGCCACAUUGGACCGACCGCCGCGACCACCGAAGAGAUGCUCCGAGCUCUAGAUCCGCCAGUCCGCAGCUUGGACGAGUUCGUGGCACAGGUGCUACCUCCCUCGAUCCUGUCCAGCAAAAACCUGGAAAUCGAAGGGCCAGUGCCAGAGUCCGGCUCGGUACCUACGAGUGAAGGUGGCUACUCGGAGAGCCAAUUGCUCGCGAGGCUUCGUCAGAUUGCGAGCGAGAACAAGGUCUACAAGAGCUACAUUGGGUGCGGAUAUGCGGGUACCAGAGUGCCAGAGGUCAUCAAGCGUAACAUCUUGGAAAAUCCGGCCUGGUAUACGAGCUACACGCCGUACCAGCCGGAGAUCAGUCAGGGUCGAUUGGAGUCACUUUUGAACUUCCAGACGAUGGUCACGGAUCUCACAGGCUUGGCCAUCGCGAAUGCCUCGGUUUUGGACGAGCCUACGGCGGCGGCAGAGGCCAUGACUCUGGCUGUGAACUCCUUGCCGAUUGCUCGCCAGCGACGGCCUAAGAAAGUGUGGCUAGUGUCUCAUCUAUGCCACCCACAGACGAUUGCCGUUCUGGAGAGCCGUGCUCAUGGCUUUGGCAUUACCAUCGAGGUUGCGGACAUUCUAGCAGACAGCAGCAAGAAAGUGGACGACAUUGGGCAAGACCUGAUCGGAGUACUCGCACAAUAUCCAGAUACACUAGGCGGCGUCGAGGACUUCAGGGGAUUGGCAGAUAAAGUACACAAGCUGGAUGGAACCUUCGCGGUAGGAACAGACCUUCUCGCAUUGACUCUGCUUACUCCACCCGGCGAGUUUGGAGCAGACGUUGCCUUUGGAAAUGCCCAGCGAUUUGGCGUGCCAUUUGGUUUCGGUGGCCCUCAUGCGGCCUUCUUUGCAGUCAGCGAGAAGCACAAGCGCAAGAUUCCCGGACGAUUGAUCGGUCUGUCCAAGGAUCGCCUGGGUGACAAUGCCGCUCGACUUGCUCUGCAGACCCGUGAACAGCAUAUCCGUCGUGAGAAGGCUACGAGCAACAUCUGCACAGCUCAGGCCCUGCUCGCCAAUAUGAGUGCCAUGUAUGCUGUCUACCACGGUCCGGCCGGUCUGAAGAAGAUCGGCGAGAAGGUUGCCAAGAUGACCCAGGUCCUCGCAAAGGGACUACAAGAGAAGGGACUUGAGGUGCGACAGCCUGUCGCUUUCGAUACCGUUGUUGUCAAGAAGCACAAUGCUCCUGGCUUUGCCAGCAAGACUGUGCAGAACUUCCUCACUAACUUCCGUGUCAUUGACAGCGACCACAUUGGCAUCACUAUCGAUGAGACUGUCGGCAAGAAGCAGAUUGAGGAGAUCUUCCGCGCAUUCACAACGGAUCCAGUCGAUGUGGACGAACUUGCAGAGGGCGUUGAAGCCACUGCAAGCCUUCCAGACUUCCUCAAGCGCACCUCGGAAUACCUGACCCACCCCGUUUUCAAUUCCUACCACUCUGAGACGGAGCUCCUCCGGUACAUGCACCAUCUGCAGUCAAAGGAUCUCUCUCUUGUCCACUCUAUGAUUCCGCUUGGAUCUUGUACCAUGAAGCUGAACGCGACCACGGAGAUGGUACCAAUUUCCUGGCCAGAAUUCGCCAAUAUCCAUCCAUUCGUGCCACCAGAUCAAGCUCAGGGCUAUCGCAAGAUGAUACGGGAGCUUGAGAGCGAUCUUGCCGAAAUCACCGGCUUCCACUCCGUCUCCCUUCAGCCCAACUCUGGUGCUCAGGGAGAAUUUGCUGGUCUCCGUGUGAUUCGAAAGUACCAUGAAGACCAACCGGGCAAGACGCGAGACAUUUGCCUCAUUCCAGUUUCGGCCCACGGCACGAACCCAGCGUCUGCAGCUAUGGCAGGAAUGCGCGUUGUGACGAUCAAAUGCGACAGCAAGACCGGUAACCUGGAUAUGAAAGAUCUCGAAGCGAAGUGCACGAAGCAUAGCGACGAGCUUGCGGCUAUCAUGGUCACCUACCCGUCGACAUUCGGUGUCUUCGAGCCAGAGAUCAAGGAGGUCUGUGAUCUCGUUCACAAGCACGGAGGACAAGUCUACAUGGAUGGUGCGAAUAUGAACGCUCAAAUUGGACUCUGCUCCCCUGGCGAGAUUGGCGCAGAUGUCUGCCAUUUGAACUUGCACAAGACCUUCUGUAUUCCUCAUGGAGGCGGUGGUCCAGGCGUUGGGCCUAUCGGUGUAGCUGAACACCUUUCACCCUUCCUGCCCGGAUUCCCCCUCGUUGCCAAUGUUGGUGGCGAGAAGGCCAUUGCUCCCGUCUCUGGUGCGCCGUGGGGCUCGGCAAGCAUCCUGCCUAUAAGCUGGGCGUACAUCAAGAUGAUGGGUGCCCGAGGUCUGACCCACGCGACCAAGAUCACCAUCCUCAACGCGAACUAUAUCAAGUCUCGCUUGAUGCCAUACUACCCCAUCCUGUACACCAACGAAAAUGGUCGUUGCGCGCACGAGUUCAUCCUCGAUGUGCGCAAGUUCAAGGAGAGCGCGGGCGUCGAGGCCAUUGACAUUGCCAAGCGUCUCCAGGAUUACGGCUUCCAUGCGCCGACCAUGUCCUGGCCUGUCGCCAAUACGCUCAUGAUCGAGCCAACGGAGUCUGAGUCGAAGAACGAGUUGGAUCGCUUCUGCGAUGCGCUCAUCUCUAUUCGCGGUGAGAUUGCGGAUAUUGAACAGGGCAAGCAACCCAAGGAGGGCAACGUCCUCAAGAUGUCUCCUCACAGCAUGAAGGAUCUCAUUCUCUCGGAAUGGAAUCGACCCUACACCCGGCAGACUGCUGCCUACCCACUGGACUGGUUGAAGGAGAAGAAGUUCUGGCCCAGUGUGACCAGGCUUGAUGAUGCUUAUGGUGAUGUGAAUCUCUUCUGCAGGUAUGUCCACUUCUAACAGCUCGUCUCUCGAGGUCACGUACUGACAAAAUCGAUAGCUGUGCUCCAGUCGAGACCGUGAAUGACAUGACCGGUACGAACGAACCCCACCUCCAAUAG